CAGCUCCGUCCAAUCGCAGCUGCUGUUGUUCAGGCUCAGCGGUGGGAAGGGCGGAUUGCUACAGCUGUUUGUUUCCCUGAGCACUGAUCCACGUUGUGGAUUAAAUAUUCGCAGUAACCGGACAGUCCUGAUAACAGUGAGUGAGCAUCGCUGCGGCUGCGGGUGUGGAUGGGGGGAAACAGCCCGAGUCACCUCUCCCGUGAAGAUGGUGAAGGCGGAGGAUUUACUAUUGUGAAGGGCAUUAGGCUGUCGGACAGAGUCAUCCGCCGGAUGAGGCAGUCUUCACGGGGCGUCUGUCCUCAGCUCUCACAGAAUGGAGGUCGUCCUUCACACUCACCUGACCUACAAACGCCCACUCCAGUCCCCCCUCCCCCUGCUGAACACCUGUUACCUCUUGUGACACCUCCUCCUGCUCCAUUCAGCCCCCCUCCACCUCCUCCGCCUCCUGCUCAGGAAGCCCCAUCUACAUCUACACCAGUCAAAUCUGUUCCUCCCCCUGUAAAACUGGCCCCCCCUCCUCCUGUAAAGUUUCACUCCUUUCCUCAGACCUCUCUUGAGCCUGAAACACCUCCUCCUGCUCCACCACCUCCAGAGACAAAAGCUCCUCCAACUGACCCUGUUGUCCCAGCCCCACCUCCCCCUCCCUCUGCUAUUUCUCCGCAAGUCGAAACAACUGUGGCGCCUUCAUCUCCUCCGCCACCUCCUCCUGCAGUGGAGCCUGUAGUUCUACCUCCUCCUCAACCGUUUGUCCCACCUCUCAUAGAGCCAGAAAGUCCAUCUACACCACCUGUUUCAGAAAGAGUCACCGAGCCUUUUGUCCCUCGCCCACCUGUAGAGUCAUCCCCAACAGCUGCAGCUUCAUCUGAACCUUCAGCUCCAUCUCUUCCAUCUGAGCCUGUGAAACCUCCACCUACUGAACCUGCUGCUGCUGCACCUCUUGACCUUCUUGAAACUGUUUUCCCUUCAGCUACACCAGCUGAACCAGUAAUCCCACCCUGUCCUGUAGUUUCACCUCCUCCAGCUGAAGAAGUGCCUUCAACUGUGGCUCCAGCUGUUGAUUCACCACCUCCAUGUGAACUGUUUCCACCUCCACCUCCUCCAGAGCCAGUGGCAGCUCCUUCUCCUGUUCCAGAGCUCGCUUUUGAGGAGUCCCACCCGCCUUGUCACUGUGUGGAGCUGGCCAUCGUGCCGACUGAUGCACCUGUGAGCGAACCGCUCGUAGAGCCUCUAGCACCACCUCCACCUGAUCCAUCUCCAGCUCCUGAAGAGUCCACUCUGCCCCCUAUUGUUGUGGAUGAAGUACCUGCUGUCACUUCAGCGCCUCCACCUGCUGCAGCAGUUUUGCCCGUUUCUCCUGCAGUGGUGGAGGAAGAGCUGAGGCAGAAGAUCAAAGCGGAGAUGCAGAGAAGUCUGGAGGAGGAGAUCAACCAGAAGAGACAGGAGCUGCAGCGACAGCUGGAGGAGGUGAGGGCUCAGGCUCAGGCAGAGGCCAAGGCAGCAGCUCAGGCUCAGGUGGAGGAGCAGGUGAAGAAGACGCUGGAGGCGGAGAAGGCGGCGUACAUGGAGAACCUGACAGACUCCAUCAUGAAGGAGCGAAUGAAGACGGAGGACGAGAGACUCAUGGUGCAGCUUUAUUGGAUGGAGCUGAAGGCUCAUCAACUGGAGGAGAAGGAGAAAGAGUUAAAGAAACGAGACGCUCUCCACAAGGCACACAUUGCUAAACUUGAGGCAAAGUGUACUCAGUUUUACAAAGUGACUGCUGAGAGUUUCCAGAAGGGCAGAGAGGAGACACACAACCGUUUUGCGCGUUUCAAUAUGCAGCCAGUGUGCGGAGACCUGCAGAGUCAGAUUUUAAAGUGCUACAAGGAGAACACGGGGAAGACUCUGUCCUGCUCGAGUAUCGCCUCAGCCUACAUGCAGUGUGUGGACAACGCCAAGAAAAAUAAACUGAGCACCGGAGGUUAAUAUGGACCACUUGAUGAGGAUGUCCGUACAUCUGACAUAUGUACUGCUGCAGAAAAGAAAAGAUGGACAGAAAUCACCAAAAAAAAAAGAAGCUACAGAGGGACAGAGUCUCAGGAGCAUCAACUGUAGCC